AUGAAGGUCUUGCUAUGGAACUGCCGUGGCGCUGCUAGCCCACAUUUUCGCCGCCAUUUCUUCACUCUUGUGAAUGAAUACCACCCCCACCUUGUCAUCCUCACUGAAACUAGAGUGGGAGGAACUAGAGGUAAAACCCUCAGUGAAAACCUGGGCUUUUCUAAUGUCCAUAUUUCUGAUCCUAUCGGUUUUGCCGGGGGCAUCUGGUUGCUAUGGAAUGACCUGGAGAUUGCCUGUGAAGUCCUCUUGACCACCGAGCAGGAGAUCCACGCCUGGAUUAAGGUCCCUUCUAACCCUUCUCCUUGGCUUCUUUCAGCUAUUUAUGCUAGUCCUCACUAUAAUCACAGAUGCAUUUUAUGGGAUAACCUUAUGUUGCUUUCUGCUACACACUCUUCUCCAUGGCUCAUGCUUGGCGACUUCAAUGAAAUACUAACCAGUGCAGAUAAAUUUGGUGGCCGAGCACUCCAACCCCACCGUGCUAGAAGAUUCCAAGAAUGUAUAGAUGAAUGUGGUAUGAUUGACUUGGGCUUUGCUGGCCCUCGCUUCACCUGGACCAACCUUCGCUCCACUGGAGCCUUAAUCCGUGAAAGGCUUGACAGAUGCUGGUGCAACAACUCUUGGCAGCUCCUCUACCCCGAAACCAAAGUCCUCCACCUCCCCAGAGUUCACUCUGACCACUGCCCCAUUCUCCUUGACACAGACCCUUCUUCCACACUCAGACCGACCCGUCCUUUUCGCUUCGAAACAAUCUGGUUCUCUGACCCUAGCAUCUUCUCCGUCAUCAAAAACAGUUGGCAUGACAACACCCUCCCAUUCUCAACUUGUGUCAACCUCUUUGUAGCCAACGUCAAGCUUUGGAACAAACUUUCCUUCGGUAACAUCUUCCACAGGAAAAAACAUAUCUCCUCCCGCAUUUUGGGAGUCCAAAAAAGCCUUGAAACUCACCCCUCCCCCUUCCUCUUCAACCUGGAAAAAACUCUUGUCAAAGAUUUCAAUGACAUCCUCAAGCUUGAAGAGGAAUUUUGGGCCCUCAAAUCCCGUAUCAACUUUGUUCUGGAUGGCGACAAAAACACUAAAUUUUUCCACCAAUCUACGCUCACUCGUCGCCGCAGGAACAAAAUUCUAGCCAUCCGUGACUCCAACAACAAUUGGAUUUUUGAUGAACCUAGUAUCAAAACCUCCUUCAUCUCCCACUACUCCUCACUUUUCUCCACCGACACCACCUCCACCACCCUCACCUUCCCUCCUCCUUUCCCUUUUCCCCAAAUCGAUGACAGCCACCAUCCCUCCCUCUGCUUAACCCCCACUGCCCUUGAAAUAAAAGCUGUCCUGGGGUCUUUUAAACCUUGA